GCACGUGGAAACCAGAGGUGCGGUGCCAGCAGGUAUUUUACAGAGCUGCAGAACGAUAAAGCCUAUUGCCUGUUAAAGUUAUUAUAGCGACCAAACUUGUGGCAGGCGCUGAGCUCCUGCGUCAGACUUUACGCACCAUGAGCUCCUGUGUGACUGGAGGCUGAUUUCGCAUCUCUUUGCGCGCAGAGAUGUUGUAUACGGAGGCUGAAUGAAGACACCGUGUACUCACUUUGGACUUGUCACGCUGACUCUGACGCUGCAACCCGAUCUGCACGCGACAUUAGAUUGAAGAAAAAAGCACAACUUUAUUUCCUUGCUUCGUCCUGAUCUCCCUCCAAUCAGUCACCUCCUCCUUGUCUCCUCCACCUUCAGUCUGAAGGAGGUCUGGUGUUGCAGCCAUGCCAAAGAACACCAAGGUGACUCAGCGAGAACACAGCAAUGAGCCGGUCACGGAGUCAGUGGCCGACCUGCUGUCCCUGGAGCACCCCAUGGACUAUAAGAGCAGUCAGAUGAGUAUGGGUCUGAGUCCUGGCUCUACAGCUCCAGUAAGAGCCCUGAUACCAUCCCCUGACCCAGACGCCGAGGACGGCCGACCGGCCUGGAACAACAAGCUGGAAUACAUCCUGGCCCAGGUGGGCUUCUCUGUGGGCCUGGGUAACGUCUGGAGGUUCCCCUACCUGUGCCAGAAGAACGGUGGAGGUGCAUACCUGGUGCCCUAUUUUAUUCUCCUCCUGCUCAUCGGCAUCCCUCUGUUCUUCCUGGAGCUGGCAGUGGGGCAGAGGAUCAGGCGUGGCAGCAUCGGGGUGUGGAACUACGUCUACCCACAGCUGGGGGGCAUCGGGGUUUCCAGUCUGAUGGUUUGCGGUUUUGUGGGCCUCUACUAUAAUGUGAUUAUCGGCUGGAGCAUCUUCUAUUUCUUCCAGUCUUUCCAGUAUCCACUGCCUUGGGCUGAAUGCCCCAUCCAGAGAAAUGGAACCCAAGCCAUUGUGGAGCCGGAGUGUGAGAAGAGCUCGGCCACCACUUACUUCUGGUACCGUCAGACUCUCAACAUCACCAGCUCCAUCGACGACACCGGCGGCCUGAACUGGAAGAUGACCCUGUCCCUGCUGGUGGCCUGGAUCUUGGUCUGCCUCGCUGUCAUCAAGGGCAUCCAGUCCUCUGGGAAGGUGAUGUACUUCAGCUCUCUCUUCCCGUAUGUGGUGCUCUUCUGUUUCCUGGUGCGAGGUUUGAUGCUGAAGGGAGCGGUGGACGGUAUCGCUCACAUGUUCACCCCAAAGCUGGAGAAGAUGUUGGAGCCACAGGUGUGGAGAGAAGCAGCCACGCAGGUUUUCUUCGCUCUCGGUCUGGGCUUUGGAGGCGUCAUCGCUUUCUCCAGCUAUAACAAGAGAGACAACAACUGCCACUUUGAUGCAGCACUGGUCUCCAUCAUCAACUUUGUCACCUCUAUCCUGGCCACUUUAGUUGUUUUUGCUGUUCUGGGGUUCAAGGCCAACGUCAUGAACGAGAAGUGUGUUGUCGAGAAUGCAGAGAAGAUUCUAGGCUACCUGAACACAGGUGUGCUGAGCAAAGAACUCAUCCCUCCUCACAUCAACUUCUCCCACCUGUCCGCCCAGGACUACGCAGAGAUGUACGGCGUCAUUAAGACAGUGAAGGAGGACAGCUUCAGCCAGCUGGGCCUGGAUGCCUGUGUGCUCGAGGAUGAACUCAACAAGGCGGUUCAGGGCACUGGCCUGGCAUUUAUCGCCUUCACAGAGGCCAUGACACAUUUCCCUGCCAGUCCCUUCUGGUCAGUCAUGUUCUUCUUCAUGCUGAUCAACUUGGGUCUGGGCAGCAUGAUCGGCACCAUGACCGGCAUCACCACGCCAAUACUGGAUGCUUUCAAGAUCCGCAAAGAAAUACUAUGUGUGGCUUGCUGUAUCAUCGCCUUCCUCUUAGGCUUGCUGUUUGUUCAGCGCUCAGGGAACUAUUUUGUCACCAUGUUUGAUGACUAUUCAGCUGGUUUGCCUCUCACUGUGGUGGUGAUCCUGGAGAACGUUUCUGUCGCUUGGAUCUACGGCACUAAGAGGUUCAUGCAGGACCUGGAGGACAUGCUUGGUUUCAGGCCGUACUCCUUCUAUUACUACAUGUGGAGGUACGUGUCACCAGCUGUCCUAGUGGUGCUCAUCAUCGCCACCGUCAUCGAGAUGGCCGUCAGUCCUGCAGGAUACAAUGCCUGGGUGGAGGCUGAGGGUGCAGAGAGUUUCCACAGCUACCCUCCCUGGGCGUUAGCCAUGGCCUACUCCCUCAUUGUGCUGGCCAUGCUACCUUUACCCCUCGUCUUCAUCGCCCGCCACUUCAACCUGAUCUCAGACGGCUCUAACAAGCUGUCAGUAUCCUACCGCAAAGGCAUGAUGAAGGACAUCUCCAACCUGGAGGAGCAGGACGAGCAGCGCUUUAUCCUCAGCAAGAACCCCAGCGAGGCUCCUUCCCCCAUGCCCGCUCACCGGGCUUACCUGGGGCCCGGCGGCACCCAGGAAAUGACCAACACCAACUACGGCACCAGCACCAAGACAGGCUACCAGAACAUCGGCUCGCCCGAGUCUGAGCUAUGAUCCACUGAGCUCAUAGAUCCUCCCGUCUACUAAACUCCAGAAGACAGAGGAAGAAGGGGAGGAACAGAGGAAGUUAAGAGGGAGAGAAAAUCCACUGCCGGUUGUUGCAGCGUUCAUCACACCUUAACCCACAGAGCCGAGUCCCUCUAUCCCCCAUUUUCUGCCCCUGUGCUCCUCACGAACAGUUCUUCCCUUCUUUCCCACCGUAGGAUCCAUGCUGCCUGCUGUAACAAAGGGAUCAUCGGAAUGUGAGUCCCAACUAAGGUGACGAUUUUUCCAUCUGUCAACAUUUUACAGGAAACUCAGACAGGUCCACUGAGGAUUUAGAUACAGGCUGUUUCAUUAUAAGCUCUGGUUGAGGUUAAGGUGUGUGCAACGCUAACAUGCUUUACUGAACCCUGUGUUCACUAGUUUGGAGAAGGUUAUUUCUGAGACAGCUGGAUGUUCCUAGAUCUAUGAGAUCAUCUCAUUCUGGUUGUAGAGGUUUGUUACUUGUGGGGACAGGAUGGAAGGAGACUCAGAUUAAAAAAAAAAACAACAUAUUUUCAUGAUUUGUAUCAUUGUUUGAGAAAAUUUCUCACCUAGACAACAAAAUGAUUAGAAAUGAAUCCAUACCAGUAUGUAACUAGUUAUUCUGAUAAACAGUGUUACAAGCACACAAACACAUCUUUAUCGUGCCUAUCAUGCAUCAGCAAUAAUAACCAGUCAAAGUCGUAAAACUGUGGUUCUCCUUCUAUCCCUCCUUUCCCCACUAAUGUAGAAUACUGUACAUAUGUGUCGUGCAAUCGUCUGAGAUGUCACCGUAAAUUGCAUAUAUACACUUGCAGUAGUGCAAAAACGAGGGGAAACUUUCUCCACCUCUUCAUUUCUUCUCCACCGAAGCACAGACGCCCGUCACCGUUUUAGAGCAUCUCUGAGCCUUAACACAGAGCAGCACUUUUUCUUUUAAACAACCUUUCUCCUGACAAACGAGGCUCUGGAGCCAGCGGCACUGCAAACGUCGUCUCUGUGCUGUUCCAGUCGCAGCUGGUCCAGACAAAGCUUUCCAUUUGAAUCAAUCAUUUUAAUCAAGCGUUUCCAUUUUAAUCAGCGCCUUAGAAGGACAGAGGUGGCAGUGCACCAGCACAGAUAAGCAGAGCGGCUUCAUGCUCAUCUGUGUGUGUGUGUUAGGCAGGAACUGGAAAAUUUGACUAUUGUCUCUGUGUUUGUGCAGAUGUGCAUGUGUGUGCACGCGUCCGUGUUGUCGUCUGCCGCUGAAUGAGAGCUCUUGGUGACCCUGGCUCUUUAAAAAUAGAGCUGCAUACACAGGGGAAGCCGUGGUAACGCACCAUAGAUACAGAUCCUCUUGAAAUGUGGAGGAGGAAGAUGAGAGUGGACACCUUGCUUUGUCUGCUCCACCUGCACAGCUGUUUGUGCAGCAAUACACAGAGGAGACAUUUUACUGUACAAGAAUAUUUCUCUAAUGUUCACUGCCAUGCCGCGCCGAGGAUUUAUCAUACGUCAUCUCUGAGAGGAAGAUGUUUGGGUUUAAUUGUUGUACAUUCCUUAAAAUUGUGACCACGACGGACAUCAUUUCAUAAGCACUACAAUUUACACUUUGAUGUCUUUUUGUGAACUGAGGUGUGAAAACUUAAAGCCUUUAUUUUAUGUAUUAUCUGUAUGACAAUGUAUGUUUAGGGGUGUAAUGUGGAAAACGUGCAGUGAUAUUAAUGUUUGGAAUAAGUGGUAAUACUGCAGAUUCACCACUGGAUGUCUCUGCCGGCCAGCGGAGGAGCCUCUCUGUCUAAUGGCCCCUCCCUGAGACAUCACCAAUACUUGAGACUGAACAGAUGUAGUGUGAAGCACAGUUAGUCACAUUGUUUGGUGCCUGAACAGCAUCUCUGUUGUCUGUUUGCCUUAUGCUUUUGUCAGUUGGUUUUCUCGAUCACGUGGUGCGUCUGUGUAGAGUUUGGACCAACGUCUCGUCUCAUUCACUUGAGCACUUUAAUUAGGUAGAGACCCUGGAGUUGUUUAAGUACAGACUUGACAAAAUCUUUGUCAUUAAUCUCAAGAAUGCCGUCACAGAAUGUGUAUUGGUUAGCAAUAUUUAUAUAGAGAGAGAUCGAGGGCUCAGAUGCACAAAAAACACAAAUUUGUUACAGGCCUCUUUGACAAAAACAUCUGGUUUCUUGGUGUUAAAAUUUGAGCAUUUUAACCAAUUAUAAUCUUUCAUAUUAGUACGUUAAAAGCAUGCUGAUGUGGUUUUUUUAUUACAUCAGUGCUGAUUGAUGCUUCCAAGCCAUUAGCUGGCACUGCCAGGUCCUUCCUAUAUUAUGUUAUGUAAGUGCUGACCCAUGCCUACGCUGUUGUCAUAUGUGGUCAUGUGACGUCUUUCAUGGCUCUUACAUCUGCUCAGGUUUCAGGCUGCAGUUCUCAGUACUAAGUAGUGCCUAGAGUAGCUGUGAUAUAUUGCUUGGUAUAUUUUUGUAUGAAGUAAUGAAUUAUUUAAUUCCUGACUAGUCUGCCACAAAACAUCUUAAUAUGAUCUACUUUCCCUCGCGUGUUUCAUAGAUUUGUAUGUUCUGUAAGAUUCUGUUUUCAUUAGCACUGGGUAUUAUUUAGAUAUAAUGAUACCAGUACCAAUACCAGUACCCUUAAAGUGGAACCGAUAUCAAUUCAGUCAGUAGAGACUCAGUCUGAGCUAAAUGAAUGUUUACAUGUGAACAUCAGUUUGAGAAAUGUGAAUAUUCUUUUGGCAGUUAGACCCCAACAUGAUGUCAUAUAUUUAAGGAAGGUGGUGAACAUGAUUGAUUGAUAAAGAUAGUGGCAAACUUUGGUUAACUGGAAGAGCGAACUCCCACUGAUCAGUCAACUGCAGGAAGUGGAGGGAAUGAGAAAGAGAAAGAAUUGUGAAUGAAUGAAGCAUUUAGAAAGUCUGAACUUAUGCUGAAUACUGAAUACAAAAACAAUAGAAAACCAAAGGGAUCUUUUCAUACUGAUGUCCACAUAAAUUACAGUUCCAGACUAACAUGUAUACACGUCACAGUCAGAUUACGACCAGAAUACUCAUUAAAACUGUGCAAAACUACUGUGAUAAAAUGCACAAGAAACCAGAUCUUUUUGGCCGAUGGGCUUGUGACACAAACGGCGCAUAUUUCAGGUGAAAGCGCUCACCUGUAAUCACCUGCAGCUUUGUAUGAGAGUUAAAGCACAUUAUGGAAGCACAGGAAAGUGAGCACAAAGGAGUUUGAUGUCUUGGUGAGUAAGCACCAGUCAAUGAGAUAAAAAUAGAGCCAGUGUGGGUGAACUGGAUGAUGAAACUUGUAGAUUAUGUUAGUUAUGGUCUGAUUUCUGCAUCCUCUGAGGGAUCACUGGAGGAGAAGUCUGCACACUGAAAUGCCAGCCCUGUCUGCUAGAAGUUACUGUUAUAUACAACUGCAGAAACAUAAUGCUAAGCAAAUUAAUUAAGUGUUAAUGUGAAAGGCACAAAAAUGUUAAUAGUGAACAUAGCAAACUGUUCACUGAUAAUUUAUUUCACUUGUUUUCCACAUAAAUAGGCAAUCUUGCAAAAAGUAUCUACUCUGUGACUAUGCCUCUGUGCUGUGUUUUUGGAUUGUCAAUACGCCCCUUUCUUGUGAACAUAAUAUUUCAGAAAUGCCUUUAGGAAAUUUAAUCAAAUUUGGCAAAAACAUCAGGUAGACUCAGACGUACUGAUUAAAUUUUGGUGGUCAAAGGUCAAGGUACCUGUGAUCUCAUCUGUUCUCCUUCUACAAGAACAACCUUGAGGGAAUUUCCUCAAAUUUGGCACAAACGUCCACUUGGAUUCAAGA